AGAAAUUGAAAAAAAUGUUUUUUUUCUCCCUCUUUCUUUUAUUAACUUGUGGAAAAAUUGCUGUAAAAACAUUAAAAAUAGUUGAGCAAAAGAAUUUUGUGUUCACUGAAGAAAACUGGGAAAAGAUGUUAGAAGGUGAAUGGCUUGUUAAAUUUUAUGCUCCAUGGUGUCCAGCUUGUCGUGCACUUGAAACUGACUGGUCACAAUUAGCUAACUGGGCAGAUGAAUCUUUUCCAUCAAUAUCUAUAGGCAGUGUUGAUGUUACUCUGCAUGCAGGGUUAAAUGGAAGAUUUAUGGUGACAUCAUUACCAACAAUUCUUCAUGUUAUUAAUGGUGAAUUUCGAGUAUAUAAAGAAAGUAGAGAACUCAACAAGUUAAAAGAGUUUAUAAUUGAAAAAAAGUGGAACGAAAUUGAACCAACUUCAUCAUGGACAAAUCCUAACUCAUUUUUAAUGAAUGCAAUGAGUAAAGUAUUUGGUUUGUCGGUGAAACUAAAGGAUUUUCAUAGCACAUUGAAUGAUGAAUAUAAUAUCCCUUCAUGGAUCUCUUUUUUGUUAUUUGGUUUGAUUGUUAUUAUUCUUGGAUUGCUUCUCGGCGUUGCUUUAGUUAUUCUUUCGGAUUGGAUGUACCCUCCAGAAACAAACAUACCUGAUAUAAUUAAAAAAAAGAAUGAUGAUGUUGUUGAAGCAGACGAUGGAAAACCAGAUAUAAAAGAAGUUGAUGCUGAAUUGGAGGAAACUGAUAACAAAAUUGAAGAAAGUGAAGUUCGUCAAAGAAAGAUUGAAAAAACAAAAGUCGAAUCUUAGAAGUAACAAUGAAGCACUUAAUAGUUUGGCAUCUCGAUAUCUUAUUAAUUACUUUAGAGUACUUGCUUUCAAAAAAAUCUAGGCUAACAAAAAUUGUAUAAAACAUGUUAAAUUAUUACAUGCAUGAUUACAUA